AUGACUUUCUACAUUUUCAUUUUGGUUCUUGGUUUCUCCUUCCUUCAAACCCAAGCUAGAGCACUACCAUCCAAACCAGCUCCAGCCGCUGUCCUCUUCCCUCAAGUCCAAUCCACUGUCCUCCCUGACCCUUCACCUUUCUUCGCCUCCAACCUCCUCCAAGCUCCACUUCCCACCAACUCUUUCUUCCAGAACUUUGUACUCAACAAUGGCGACGCUGCCGAAUAUUUCCAUCCCUACAGCUUCAGAUUCUCCAACUCAUCCCUCACUCUGUCUUAUCCUACCCCUAUCCCAUCCAACGCUUCCAUACUCCAAAACUUUACAGCUGACCUUACCAUCUCCACCACACAAACCCAACACCAACAUCAGGUUGUCUCUUCCUUCAGUGACCUCGGUGUCACUUUGGACAUCCCCUCCUCCAAUCUCCGGUUCUUUCUUGUGAAAGGAAGCCCCUAUCUGACGUGCAAUGUGUCUGUACCGACAGCUCUCUCCAUCUCCACCACUCAUGCAAUCACCUCACUGUCUCCAAAUACAAAACAGAACAAGUACACAAUCAACCUCAACAACAACCAGACAUGGAUCCUGUACUCGUCCUCCAAGAUUGGUCUCACCAAGACCAACCCUUCAUUGAUCAAAUCCGAUUCAUUUUUCGGCGUUAUAAGGGUUGCAUUGUCACCAGGUUCUGAUGCAGAGAAGGUGCUAGACCAGUUCAGUUCUUCUUACCCGGUUUCCGGUGAAGCCCUCUUCACAGAAGCGUUUGGUUUGGAGUAUAACUGGGAGAAACAAGGGAAUGGAGACUUGCUUAUGCUAGCUCACCCUCUCCAUCUUCAGCUUCUUUCUGUUGAGGACAGAAAUGUCACUGUUCUUGACCAUUUCAGGUACAGAAGCAUUGAUGGUGACCUUGUUGGCGUUGUAGGCGACUCUUGGGUGUUGAAAACACAGCCUAUUCCAAUCACUUGGCAUUCCAUUAAUGGUAUCAAAGACAAUGCAUCAAUACCAGAGAUUACUGCCGCUCUUUUGACAGAUGUUGAGGCUGUAACCUCGGAACCAAUAUCAUCAAUAACGGCUUCAUAUUUCUAUGGAAAGAUGAUUGCGAAGGCGGCUAGGCUGGCUUUGAUUGCUGAAGAGGUGGGCUGUGAUAAUGUGAUUCCAAACAUUACAACGUUCUUGAAGAAUGCAAUUGAGCCAUGGUUGAGUGGGACUUUUGGAGGAAAUGGUUUCUUGUAUGAAGCUAAAUGGAGUGGACUUGUCACGAAAAAUGGAGCAGUGGAUAAAGGUGCAGACUUUGGGUUUGGAAUAUACAAUGAUCACCAUUACCAUAUUGGUUACUUUGUUUAUGCAAUUGCAGUGGUUGCCAAGCUUGACCAGGCUUGGGGGUUAAAAUUCAAGACUCAAGCUUGUUCUCUUGCUGAGGAUUUCAUGAACUUAAACAGGCAGCCAAGUUCUAACUAUCCACGUUUGCGGAACUUUGAUCUUUACAAUUUGCAUUCAUGGGCAGGAGGACUAACUGAAUUUGGAGAUGGACGCAAUCAGGAGAGCUCAAGUGAAGCAGUGAAUGCUUACUACUCAGCUGCCUUGAUGGGGCUAGCCUAUGGAGACACUAAUCUCACCGCCACCGGAUCUUUGCUUGCAGCUCUUGAAAUCCAAGCAACUCAAAAGUGGUGGCAUGUGCACCAAGGAGACAACAUCUAUGAGGACGUUUUCACAAGCGCAAAUAAGAUCACAGGAAUAGUGUGGUCUGAUAAGAGAGACACUGGACUUUGGUUUGCUCCUCAAACAUCUUUAGAAAUCAGGGUUGGAAUUCAGGUUCUUCCGAUUUCGCCUAUCACUGAGGUCUUGUUCUCUAAUGUCAGCUAUGUUAAGGAACUGGUAGAGUGGACAGCACCGGCUUUGACUAAGGAGGGAGUUACAGAUGCAUGGAGAGGGUUUGAUUAUUCCUUGGAAGGGAUAUACAACAAACAAGAUGCUUUGCAGAAGAUUAAGAACUUGGGUGGCUUUGAUGAUGGGAACUCACUUACCAAUCUUCUGUGGUGGAUUCACAGCAGAGGUUAG